AUGGCGCCCCCUCAUGCUCUCAGGCUGUCCCACAGCCUGCUCCUGGCACUUUCUGUAGCAUCUACAGUCAGUGCACAGGAGCCCAAGGUCGGAUGGCACGCUGAAGGUUGCUACACCGACUCGGUCCAAGCACGGUCGCUGUCGGCACCCUAUGGAGUAACUGGUGGUAUGACAAACCAGAAAUGCAGAGACGCAUGCCGAACAGCAUUUUUCACCUAUGCUGGUACCGAGUAUGCCGGAGAAUGCUUCUGCGACAACCAAUUGCGGAAUCAGGGCCGACCGGCUCCCGACGGCAACACAGGAUGCAACAUGGCCUGCAACGGAAACCAAACAGAAAUUUGCGGAGGUCCCGACCGAUUGACCUUGUGGAGGUUCUAUACGGGCAACGAAGCCAGCACCUCUUCUGCUGUUUCCAGUGCUCCAGCUUCCACCAGCACGUCCAGCGCCCCACCAGCUGCCAGCGGUCUUCCUCAAGGCUUCCAAUACAAGGGUUGCUUCGUCGAUGGACCUGGAUACCGUAUUCUCAACAACCAACAGCCCGAUGAUCAGCAAAUGACAGUUGCAUCAUGCACCAGGAAAUGUGCCCAGGCCGGUUUCGAGAUCGCCGCCAUGGAGUAUAGCUACCAGUGUUUCUGUGACAACUUUAUCAGGAUGGGAGGUGCACUGGCUCCGUCCGAGUCCGAGUGCAACACCAAAUGUUCAGGAAAUCAAGCCGAGACAUGCGGAGGUCCCAACAGGAUGAGCAUCUAUUCCAGCCAGAAUCCCCUUAAGGUCUAUCAGCCACCAAAGCCCAUUCAGACUGUAGGUGGCUGGAAGUACCAAGGCUGCAUUACUGAUAUCGGUGGCCAAGUUUUCCCGUGGAAGUCUGUCAACGAGACUGGCAACUCACCAGAAUGGUGUCUUAGCAAGUGUCAAGAAUUCGGCUUCAUGCAUGCUGGAUUGGAGUAUGGCCAGGAGUGCUUCUGUGGUGAUUUGGAUGGCAUCGAGAAAGCCGGUUCCAAGCCUGCUCCCGAGUCGGAAUGUAACAUGUCGUGCCCCGGUCAACCUGAGGCUAUCUGCGGCCAGGGUAACCGUCUGUCCCAUUACAAGUGGGAGGGGGCUGAUCCGCUGUAUGUGUGGAACUACCCCAAAGGCAACGCGGCUGGACGUUAUGAGUUCUUGGUCGGUGGUCCGAUUAUCCCAUUGAUUUCGCAGCCCGCGGUCAACGGCAAGAUUUCUCUCCUCGAGAAGUACGGAACUGGAGAGCCAAACUCAACCGGUGCUUACGAGCUCGACCCUUCAAUUGGAGGUGAUAUCUUCCACGCCUUCCGUGAGUUGACCGGUAUCAAGACCGACAUCUUUUGCGCUGCUGGUUUGACUCUUCCUGACCGUGCUGGUCGCCAGAUUAACAUUGGUGGCUGGUCAACUGAUUCCUUGUUUGGUGUGCGCAUGUACACGCCAGACGGCAAGCUUGGCGUCAACGGUACCAACAACUGGCAGGAGGAUGUGAACACUGUGAAGCUGCAACAGGGUCGCUGGUAUCCUACCGGUCUCCUCAUGGCUAACGGUUCAAUGCUCAUCGUCGGUGGCCAGGACGGCUCUAACGGUCCCCCCGUGCCAAACAUGGAAAUCCUCCCCAAGGCUGGAGCAGUCAAGCACGCACAGUACUUGCAAGACACUGACCCAUACAACCUGUACCCCUUCCUUGUCGUGCUUCCAUCCGGUGGUAUCUUCAUCCAGUACUACAAUGAAGCGCGCAUCCUGGAUGAGGUCACCCUCGACACCAAGACCAUUCUGCCAAAGGUUCCGGCUGCUGUCACCGACCCUACGGGAGGCCGAACCUACCCAUACGAAGGUACUCAGGUUCUUCUUCCUCAGUAUUACCCUUAUACCGAUCCUCUUGAGGUUCUCAUCUGCGGUGGCGCAGCGAAGAACCCGCGCUAUGGACUCGACAACUGCGUCAGCAUGGCACCAGAUGUUGCCCAACCCAAGUGGACAAUUGAGCGUAUGCCAUCCCGUCGCGUCAUGUCCUGCAUGGCAACUCUCCCAGAUGGCACCUUCUUGAUCUUGAACGGAGCUGAGAUUGGUGAAGCUGGUUUUGGUCUCGCCGAGAACCCAAACCUGAACGCCGUCUUGUACGACUCUAGGAAGCCCAAACACCAACGCAUGAGCAUCAUGGCCAACACCACCAUUGCGCGCUUGUACCACUCCGAGGCUGUAGUAAUGGAUGACGGAAGAGUACUCGUGUCUGGCUCAGACCCGCAGGACAACGUGCACCCCCAGGAGCAUCGAUUGGAGGUCUUCCUUCCCCCAUACCUCCUCUCUGGUAUCGCCCAGCCAACCUUUGAUCUUCCUCAGAACGACUGGAACUGGGAGGCCAGCUAUUCCUUCACUGUCACAUCUAGCGCAGGUGGAGCCAUCAAGGUCUCGCUUAUGGGAGCCGAGUCUAGCACGCACGGUAGCUCCAUGGGUGCACGUAUCCUGUUCCCUCAAGUUACCUGCUCUGGAAACGCUUGUUCUGUCAAGGCGCCCAAGGGACCGUAUAUUGCACCAGUCGGCUGGUAUCGCAUGUUCGUCCUUGCGGGCGACAUUCCCUCGCACGCCAAAUGGAUUCGACUUGGCGGUGACCCUGCCGGGCUGGGAAACUGGCCCGAUGUUCCGGCUUUCAGGCCAUUGCCCGGUGUAGGACCCGUUCGUGCAGCGAGUGCUGCUACCACCAGGUCAGAGCCCAUUGUUGCUCGUAGCUUCCGUGGUUGA